CGCACGUCUCGGGGGUCGCUCCUCGCCAACCCUUAAGUUCAGGUCUUCAUGAGUGUCCCCUCAGUGGUUUCUAAUCCGAGUUCCGCGGGUGCCUGUAGCGGCAGGGCCAUCUGGUCCAACUUCUGCCUUGGUCCCACGCGCACUGGCGGUUUCAGCCCAUUUCUCGGACCAGGCCGCAGCGGCCCAGCCGAAGCCUGGGGACCAGUCCAAUGGGGCUUGGACAGAAGAGGCAACCGCGGCCAGCCAGGCCGCUGCCAGCGGAGAGCGCCGUCGGGACAUGGCCGAGGAGCCGCCGGGGGCCUGGUUCGGCUUCGGCUUCUGCGGCUUCGGGCAGGCGCUGGGCUCCGGACGCGGGCGCCAAGUGCACAGCCCCGAGCCGCUGGGCGCGGGCGUGGACACCUGCCGCGUGAGCGCGAGCUGGAGCUACACCGCCCUCGUGACCCGUGGAGGCCACGUGGAGCUGUCGGGCUCCGCUAGCGGCGCGGCGGGCAGCUGCAGGGACGCGUGGGCCUCGGAGGGGCUCCUCGUGGUGCUGCGCGCCGGGCCAGGGCCGGGGUCUGGGGCGUCACUGCAGGCCUGGGCGCCUGGUUCGGCGCUCCAUGGGGAGCCCCUGUGGGCCCAGGACGUGGUGUCGGAGACCGAGGGGGAAGACGAAGCGGGCUGUGGGGCGCAGGCUGGGACGCUGCCCCUGCUGCCCGGCGCCCGCACCUACGUGAGCCCGCGGCCGCCCUUCUACCGGACUCUGGCCCCGGAGCUGCGGGCGCGCCGGCUGGAGCUGGGCGCCGAGCACGCCUUGCUGCUUGGCGGGGCCGGCCAGGUGUUCUCCUGGGGCGGGGGCAGACACGGACAGCUGGGCCACGGGACCCUGGAGGCAGAGCUGGAGCCAAGGAUGUUGGAGGCCUUACAGGGCCUACCCAUGGCUGAGGUGGCCGCCGGUGGCUGGCAUUCUGUGUGUGUGAGUGAGACGGGGGAUAUUUACGUCUGGGGCUGGAAUGAAUCAGGACAGCUGGCCCUGCCCACCAGGAGUUCGGCAGAGGACAGGAGCACAGCCACGGGGGAAGUCAUUGUCACGGCCACAGGACUGAAGGAAGACGGUGCGGAAGUGACGAGAGCAGCCGGGGGUGAGGAGGGAGCCCCUGCCCCCUUCAUAGCCAUCCAGCCCUUCCCGGCUCUGCUGGAUCUGCCCCGGGGUUCGGAUGCAGUCCAGGCCAGCUGCGGGUCCCGGCACACAGCUGUGGUGACACGAACGGGGGAGCUCUACACCUGGGGCUGGGGGAAAUACGGACAGCUUGGCCACAAGAACACCGCCAGCUUGGACCGGCCCUGCCUCGUGGAAUACUUUAUAGAUAAACAACUCCAAGUAAAGGCUGUCACCUGUGGGCCCUGGAACACCUACGUGUAUGCCGUGGAGAAAGGGGAGCGCUGACACGCUCGUAUGUGUAUAUAAAACACCUGCCAACUCCCCUCCCAUCACAGUCCUCUCCCUUCCCUUUAGAACAGGGUCCUUAACUGGUCUGCACUUCAGAAACACCUGGAGACAGCGAAAACUCUGACACCCAAGGCCGGCAUCUCACAAGGAAAUCAGACCCUCUGCGUGCGGGGCCUAGAUAUCGGUGGAUGUUAACGCCGCCGCCCCCCCGCGCUGCCUCAGGCGGUUUCCAUGUGCAGGCCAGACUGGGAAGCAUCGAGGUCGCCAUGUUUUGUCUUUCACUUCCCUGUUUUCGUUCAGAACUUGACCGCCUGUGUGUGCACCCUCACACAACGUAGUCUAGCCUGCCUGCUUUUGAAUGUUAGGUAAAUGGAAUCAUUGUGUGUGUGUUCUGCGUCAUUUUUUCACCCAACAUUGUAUGAUCCGUUGCAUCCUGGAGUUCAUGCACUUUUAUGCUGUAGGGUGUUCCGCUGUGUGGUAUGCCUCAAGCUACACAUUCUUUCGUUGAUAGUUAUUUUUAUUAUUUCUAAUUUUGGGGCAUUACACAUACCACUUUCAUGAGCAAGCUUGUGCACAAGUUCUUCUGCAAACAUUCAGAGUUGAAUUGGUAAGUCGAGAGAUACCUUUAACUUCGCUAGGUAACUACAUAUUCCUACCGGCAGUGCGGGGUUUACGGUGGCUCAAACGACAGGUGGACGUGUUAGGUAGAUGGUCAGGAUCUCAGCUGUUCUCGGGACAAGGGUGCCCUGCUUUGGUGCUGGGUCCAGCAAUCGCUCCACCUGGGAAGAAGGGUAAGGGCGGGCGCUCGGUUUUGGUGUUGCCCCGCCCUUAAUCCCGUCCCAAGCAACUGCUACACCUGGGGAAGGAGGGCGUGCCUUGCCAACCUGGGAAUGCCGCAGCCCAGGCAGGAUAGGAUUUAGAAAGAGACCCGGAGUAACCUAAGGGUAAUUAUUACGCCCCAAGGUGGGCCUUCAGAGAGAGAGCUUGUAUAUACAUGCAGAUGGGAUUUUCAGGACACCUGUUGAUCAUUUGCUAACAUCCCACACCCCCCCCAGCCCAGCCCCGGACUGGGCUAAUAAAACAAUCCGAGAGCCCAGAGAGACUGGGUCGGUCAGUGAGUCGCUGUCUUGCUCUCUG